AUGCUCGUCCGUAUUCUGCUCAUCGCCCUUCUCUAUUAUCCACUUUCGAUUGGGCUCACAUUUUAUCAGAAGUGGCUGUUGAAGAACUACAAGCUCCCCCUAACUGUCGUCUGCGGCCAUUACAUUAUCAAAUGGGGAGCGGCUAUAUUUAUCCGAUUUCUUCUUGAACUUUGCGGCCCGCCACGGAUACGACUUUCGUGGAAGGAGCAGGUCCGAUGGCUGGCCCCGAUUGGCGUUUGUGCGUCUCUUGACAUUGGACUGUCGAACUGGGCCCUUGAAUAUGUCACCGUCAGCCUUUACACCAUGGCAAAAUCAAGCGGGAUUCUAUUCAUCGUUGCGUUCUCUUUAUUGUUGAGGCUGGAAAAAUGGCGAAUUUCCCUCGGCAUGGAAACAGCUUUGAUCGCGGCCGGGUUGUUCCUAUUUACAUGGCGAUCCUCGCAGCUUGAUCUUACCGGUCUUAUGCUAGUCGAGCUCGCCGCGGCUUGUACGGGUAUUCGAUGGAGCGUUUCACAGCUUGUCAUGCAAAAGGACGACAGCCAUGCGAUCAGAAAUCCGCUCGAUAUGGUGGCCCAUGUGCAGCCGUGGAUGUUGAUCCCCAUUAUCCCUUUGAUUUUGAUUUUUGAAAGUCCAACGUACGCUGAAAUUGAUCCACUGACGUAUCAAGGGGAAUUCGCGCCACUGACCGUCAUUUCAUUGGUGUUUAUCGGCGGGAUAAUAGCUUUUUCGAUGGAAUUAGCAGAGUAUUUAUUACUGGUCAACACCUCCGGGGUGACGCUCAACAUUUUUGGAAUUAUCAAGGAAAUCUUCACGCUCUUGCUGGCUCACUUUGCCCACGGCGACCAGAUGUCUGAGGUGAACCUGGUGGGGCUAAUGAUGUGCCUGUGCGGCGUCGGUCUUCACGGGAUGAAUAGGCACCGCAACGCUAUCAAGUUCGAGAAGGGUCGCUUUUCCGCGCUGACCGCCCAGCCGUCGUCGGCCCACCAUCGUGUGGCUGCAAGCAAAAACAGCUCCCGACUGGCGGAAAGCAGGGAGCUGGCCCACGGCUCUUCUGGAGAUGAUCUACGAGGUCUCCUCCUUGAAGACGACGUUUUA